AUCAAGAGAAUGCAGUGCAAGUGCAAACUCUCGCAGUGAGCCUGUGUGAUCGAUCGAUCUGAGUAGGGGUCGGCCAUGGAGUCGCUGCUCGCAGCCGGUGCGGGAGGGAUCGGUGUGGCGGCGGCGGCCGUCGGGGGGUUUAUCGCGGCGGCGACACUCGCCGUGGCACCGCCCAAGAACCGCCGCAACCCGCCUCCAGCUGUUCCUGGUUUACCCAUAAUCGGAAAUCUGCAUCAAUUGAAAGAAAAGAAGCCUCAUCAGACCUUCACAAAAUGGGCUGAAAUUUAUGGCCCAAUCUACACUAUAAGGACCGGGGCUUCUUCCGUAGUUGUGCUCAAUUCAACUGAAGUAGCCAAGGAGGCGAUGGUUGCAAAAUUCUCAUCCAUAUCUACCCGAAAGCUAUCCAAAGCACUAACAGUGCUUAGUCAUGAUAAAUCCAUGGUUGCUACCAGCGACAGUGGUGAUUUCCACAAAAUGGGGAAGCGUUAUAUCAUGUUAAGCAUGCUGGGUACUUCUGCACAGAAACAAUUUCGUGACACAAGAGAUAUGAUCAUCAAUAACAUGUUAAGCACUUUCCAUCAACUGGUGAAAGAUGACCCACAUGCUCCUCUGAUAUUCAGAGAUGUUUUCAAGGAUGAGCUAUUCCGGUUGUCCAUGAUCCAGAGCUUAGGAGAGGAUGUGAGUUCAGUCUAUGUGGAUGAAUUUGGGAGGGACAUUUCGAAGGAAGAAAUCUACAAUGCUACUGUGACUGACAUGAUGAUGUGCGCAAUUGAGGUCGACUGGAGAGAUUUCUUCCCCUACCUCAGCUGGGUUCCAAACAAGAGCUUCGAAACAAGAGUGUUUACUACAGAAUCUAGACGAACUGCGGUGAUGCGCGCCUUGAUCAAGCAGCAGAAGGAAAGGAUUGUGCGUGGAGAGGCAAGGACAUGCUAUCUGGACUUCUUGCUGGCAGAGAACACACUGACAGAUGAGCAACUAAUGAUGCUAGUGUGGGAGGCACUCAUAGAGGCUGCAGAUACUACCUUGGUCACCACAGAAUGGGCCAUGUAUGAGCUUGCCAAGAACCCUGACAAACAGGAACGGCUUUACCAAGAGAUCCGGGAGGUGUGCGGCGACGAGGCGGUCACCGAGGAGCACCUGCCGUGGCUGCCGUACCUCAAUGCCGUCUUCCAGGAGACGCUGCGCCGCCACUCCCCUGUCCCGCUCAUACCUCCGAGGUUCGUCAACGAGGACACCAUGCUCGCCGGCUACGAUGUCCCCGCCGGCACCGAGAUGGUGAUCAACCUGUAUGGGUGCAACAUGAACAAGAAGGAGUGGGAGUCGCCGGAGGAGUGGGCGCCGGAGAGGUUCGCCGGUGGGAGGUUCAAGGUGGCGGACAUGUACAAGACGAUGGCGUUCGGCGCCGGGAGGAGGGUCUGCGCAGGGAGCCUGCAGGCGACUCACAUCGCGUGCGCCGCCAUCGCGCGCUUCGUGCAGGAGUUUGGGUGGAGGCUGAGGGAGGGUGACGAGGAGAAGGUGGACACCGUGCAGCUCACCGCCUACAAGCUCCACCCGCUUCAUGUCCACCUCACGCCCAGAGGAAGGAUGUGAACCAUUAUAUUCAUUGGAAGCUGUUGCUCGUUGAAUAAUGAUAUAUAGUUAUCUUUGAGAUGUAUUUACUAUUAGCAAAAUCUCCAUGCUUUGUUCUGGAUAGGAGAAAACAUAUUAUAAUAUAUCGUGGAAUAUUUUUUUUAUCAAA